UAUAUUUUAUGUUUGCCUUAGUCAACUAUGCAGCGAAAUGAACAAUUAUUAAACCCUUGCCGUCUCCUCUCUCAAACUCUACCUCACCCAUUGAAUAUGGAAAUGGAAAUGGGAUAUACAGGGAUGGUUUUGGGAUCUCUGCUGGUCAUAAUAGCAACAAAGCUGUGCCAUGCCUUUUAUAAUCUCAUAUGGAAACCAUACAAGAUAACAAAGAGUUUGGAGAAGCAAGGGCUGAGAGGUCCUCCUUACAAGUUCCCCCAUGGCUCAACAAAACAGAUCAACGACUUCCAGGCUGCUGCUGACGGUCUUGUUAUGGACUCCAGAUCUCAUGACAUCUCCUCCAAGCUUCUUCCUCAUUACCAUGUUUGGUCUUCUCUCUAUGGCAGAACUUUUUUGUACUGGAUGGGAGCGCAGCCAAGGAUUUGCCUGGGUGACCCUGAGAUGGUGAAGCAGGUGCUGUCCAGCAACUUCGGUUUCUACCUCAAGCCAUAUCCAGGACCCAAUAUAAUGGCCUUAUUGGGCAAGGGUCUUGUCCUUGCUGAAGGAUCUGACUGGGCCAGACACAGGAGGGCACUCAAUCCUGCUUUCCACAUUGACAAACUCAAGAUGAUGACCAAGACUAUGGCUGAAUGUGCUCUGAGGAUGCUCCAUGAAUGGAGGAAUGAAAUCAAGGAAGAAGUAGAGAUGAGCCGGCAAUUUCAAGAGCUCACUGCAAAUAUCAUCUCCCACACUGUUUUCGGGACCAGCAACAGCAUCCAUGGCAAACAAAUCUUUCUGGCUCAAAAGGAGCUUUUAUCACUCGUGGUUGCUGACAUUGGUGGAUCCAAAUAUCUUCCUACCAAGAAAAAUCUCAAGAAGUGGAAUCUGGAAAAGAGAAUAAAGACCACGCUGACAAACAUCAUAAAGAACCGUUUGCAUAAUUCAAAGGAAUUGGGAUACGGAGAUGACCUUCUGGGAUUGAUGCUCCACUCCUCUAUGGCUGAUAAUAACUCUCGCCUAACCAUUGAUGAGAUCAUAGACGAGUGCAAGACCUUCUACUUUGCUGGCCAUGAGACCACCUCACAUCUACUCACUUGGACUAUGUUCUUGCUCAGCAUCAACCCUGAAUGGCAGCAGAGGCUCAGAGAAGAAGUCCUGAGCGAAUGUGGUUUGGAGACCCCCAACGCUGACAUGCUCAGCAAGUUCAAACUGGUGACAAUGGUACUGUGGGAGACUCUAAGACUCUACCCACCUGUCAUACUGAACGCAAGGGAAGCUUCAAAAGACAUGAACUUGGGUGGGCUUAUGAUACCCAAAGGUAUGCCAUUGAUGAUUCCCAUAGUGAUGCUUCAAAGGGACAAGAAGUACUGGGGAGAUGAUGCCAAUGACUUCAAUCCACUGAGGUUUGAGAAUGGAGCCUCCAAAGCUGCAAUGCAUCCAAAUUCUAUACUCCCAUUCUCUCUUGGUCCAAGAGCUUGUGUUGGCCAGAACUUUGCAAUGAUGGAGGCAAAGGUGGUGAUGGCCAUGAUCCUUCAGAGGUUCUCCUUCUCACUCUCUCCCAAUUAUAAGCAUUCUCCUGCAAAUUGGCUCACUCUGCAGCCUCAAUUUGGUCUUCCCAUUGAUUUGAAGCCACUGCAACUGUGAUUUCUGUCAAAUAUUGCAAUCACCUCUGAAGUAAUUUAUAUUUUUAUAUACAGCGCAGAAGCAUGUGUUCCCAAACUCUGCUAAAGUUUGGAGACUUGAAUCAUUUACCUGCAAUAAAUGUAUUAACAUGCAUUAUAUUAUACGACGAUCCUCACUAAACAUAGUGCCUGCUUAAGUUGCUGAUUCUGUUUUCCAUUGAAGUGCCUAGAAAUUCACAUGGAUGAAAACAAACUUGUCGUGUAUAAACUUGCAGUCUUUUAGAAUUUUUUUAUCCCAUUUUGUGGUGAAUAAUUUGAGGUUGCACAAUGUUUCAAAUGUUUUGAACAUCCUCUGUUGCAGGGAAUAACACUAGCCCACUAAUGGGCCGUUUGGUUGGAUGUAAUUCUAA